AUGAUUUCGGAGGCGUCAAAUAAGAUUAAUUCUGAGUCUAUUGAAAGUGGCAAUACUUGGACUGAAUGUGUUUUUGAAACAACAAAUCAAUUUAUAACUAGUGAGGUAUUCAAAAGUCGGAAUGAAUUAGUUAACUGGACUCGUGAAGAAGGAAGAAAGUGUGGAAUAGUAGUUGUAAUCAGGAGGUCUGAUGCUCCAGGGAAUUGUAGGUUAAAAAGAGGGCGAAUAACUUUUGGUUGUGAGAGAGGUGGCUUUUAUCAAAAGAAUAGUAUAGCCUCAGAAUGCAUGCAAAAGAAGAAACUUAAUGCCAGUUUGAAUCCUCAAAAGAAGAAGCGUGAUAGGAGUGGUGGUACAAAGAGGUGUGGUUGCCCAUUUCGCUUGAAGGGCAAAAAUGUUGGCCCUGAGGAUGAGUGGACCCUUGAGGUGGUAAAUGGGAUGCAUAACCAUCAUGCUGCAAAGUAUCCUGAAGGGCAUUCCUUUCUGGGGCGAUUAACCAAGGAAGAAAAUAAUUUGUUGGUUGAUAUGUCAAAGAACUUGGUGAAUCCAAAAGAAAUAUUAUACACUUUGAAGCAAAAUGACCCACUCAAUUCAAGCACUAUGAAGACAAUCUACAAUGCUCGACAUAUUCAAAGGGUGGUUGAAAAAGCUGGUAGGUCAGAGAUGCAAAUAUUGCUAAACAAUUUGCAGAGAUACAAUUAUGUGGAGUGGCAUAGGAGUUACGACAUAGAGAACAUUGUGAGUGACUUGUUCUGGACUCAUCCUGAUAGUGUAAAUCUACUACGUGCAUUUCCUUAUGUUUUAAUAAUGGAUGCCACAUACAAGACAAAUAAGUUUCGAUAUCCAUUGUUAGAGAUUGUGGGGGUGACAUCUACAGAGUUAACAUUCCAUGCUGCAUUUGCAUACAUCCAUGCUGAGAAAGAAGAAAAUUAUGUAUGGGCUUUAUCUAGAUUGAAGAGUGUGAUGAAUGAAGACUGUCUUCCAAGUGUGAUUGUUACUGACAGAGAGCUAGCACUCAUGAAUGCUAUUCGUCGAGUGUUCCCUGCUGCUCAACAUUUAUUGUGCAGAUGGCAUAUUAAUAGGGCAGUGUUGGGAAAAUGCAAAAAGCUUGUUGAUAACCAAGUGAAGUUUAAAAAGUUGAUGCAGGCAUGGAACACAUUGGUCUUUUCAGAUACGAUACCUGACUAUGAAAGACAUUUACAUGAGUUCGAGAGAGACUACAAAAAAUAUGAUGAAGUACUAACCUAUGUGAAAGGCACUUGGUUGAAUGAAUAUAAGGAAAGAUUUGUUGAAGCAUGGACGAACAAUUAUAUGCAUUUUGGAACGAUGACUUCAAACAGGUGA